AGCCCAACCUAUUGUGCCUUUUAAUUUAGCUGUAAUAAAUCGGGCCGUGUGCCGGUUCACCUGAUAUAGGUUAGCCUGCUUGCUUGACAUUCGAAGCAAAUGAGCUUACAUCCUAAAUCAGAAUGCUAACUCAUAGAAAUAAACUAGUAAAGUAAGACUGCCAUUGUUCUGAAUUUGAAAGCCUUCACGGCAUACAAGCCUCAACGGAAAUCUUACGUUUGAAAUCUCAAUAGUGUGCAGUCCGCAUUAAGGCGAUGUUCGCAUGUGAGACAACGGAUUCUUCCAUCUUUGCGGGAAUGAUUGGCUAUCCGAAGGUGUCCUUCGAUUAUUAAUAAUACGGGCAUGUGAAAGUAAAUAGGUGAACCUCUCAGAGCUAUCUACACUAAUGCCAGAGGUGAUGUAUAGUGCAAUGCCCGCUAUGCUCAGGUUUAAACAGAGGAAGCGAGAAUAAAGAUAGGCUGACUAAACGAUUCCAUCUGGUGCACAGAACGUGAACUACAAUUGCCCGCACAGUUCCAGCCCAUUUUGCUACGUUUGCUAUGGCCGCGGCGGAGGCGACGCCGAGCGUCAUAGGAGGGCUGUAAUGUUUUCUGGGAUUGGAUUUGGCUGAAAGUAUCAUAUUUUGUGCAAUAAACGCAUCUAUCUUCGUCUAAAUAUAUGGUCUAGUUCAAGGGUUUCCAUUAUGAUUAUUUUUUAGGGCUUCGCAAUUAGCAUUUGUUGUUUUUCCAGGAGGUCGUGAAGUGUCGUUGACUUGGAUUCCAGUACAUUUUCUCUAUGAAUAUGUUUCUUCGUUAGAAAAAAAAAAACUCCUCGUGGAGAAAGUAAAUAUGCAUCAUAAAGGCAAUGCAAUAUCGUGGCAUUGUUUCAAAAUGUCAGGUGCAUGACCGGCCAGUAUCCUAGGCUACCGUUUACGCGCAUUCGGCGUAUUUCUAUAAACUAGCCUGGAAUCUAUGUGGGAUGGGCAUCUUGCUUCCCCCCACGGCUUUAAACCUCUGUCCAUGGUUCUGGUUUCCGGUACUGAUGAAGACGUUAACAGGAGGGGGAAAUAAGGAUAUUGUUUCCGCCGGGCCAGUUCUGAGCGUGGGAGGCUGGGAGAGGAAGGAGCAGCCCGGUCGCCGUCACGAGGCGAUCGGGCCAAGAAUGAGGGGACAUGAAACCAGGACCCCCGGGCUCAUCCUGCCGCCUUACCAACUCCCCAUGUUCCGCCACGUGAAGGCUCCCCUCGUGGACAUGGAGAUGUUCAGACCUACUGCCGGGCUGAGGCCCGUGCCCGACGCCGUCAGGAAUCUCUUGCUUCCCCCACCCGACAACUGGCUGGGUUACUCGACGGCCCCCGUCAGUAACCCCAGAGGAGUCGAGGUAUGGUGCGGGAACGGGACGGUUUCUGUGCGGGUGAACAGGAGAAUGCUCGGAUUUUGGUGCCAUCCACCAAUGCUGUUCUUGGGAAAUUGUGAGGUCUAUCGUUUCACUAGAGACUACAUUUACUUUCACAAUGACCUUGCCAGAUGUGGAAUUAAGCCAAGGAUAGACGAUGGUCAGCUGGUGUACAGCAGCGCCCUGCGCUACGUCCCUGAACCACAGGGGGCAGUAAUCAGAGCCGUGCCGCUCUCCCUCCCCAUCCACUGCUCCUACAACAGGUUUCACUAUGCCUACAAAGUGGGCUACGUUCCUCGUUUGAAGGCGGACUCCUUUUUCAAGAGUAUAACCAGUGAGCGCAUCUUCAGCCUGGUCACCUGCAACGAUCGCUGGGAGAGGCUGGACUCCACAGCGAGCUACAUGCUCGGGGCGCCCAUGCAUUUCCAGGCCUCCACGCCCAUCGUCUCCAGAGCGGAACGGGUGUCGGUCACCGCCUGUCACGUCACCGUGUCCAGGGACCCCAAUUCAGCACCUCGGAUGGACGUGAUUAAAAACUACGGGUGCAUGGUGGACAGCCAAAGGCUCGGGAGCCGGUCCCGGUUUCACGGCUACGGGGCGGGCGUCCUGCGGUUCUCCGUCGACGCUUUCGUGUUCCCAAAAAUCUCGGCCAAGCUUCUGUACCUGCACUGUGAGAUGACGGUGGCGGAUUACCCUGCCACGCCCACCGCCAAGUCCUGCACCUUCAACAGUAACACGAGAAGGUGGGAGGAGCUGUUCGACCCUCAGACUGUCCAUGUCUGCUCCUGCUGUGACUCCCAGUGCGACGCUCAUGGGAUUCGGCCCUCCUUGUACCCUUCUCCAAGAUCCCUGAUCACCAGUGACCCGUGGAGCAUUCUCGGUGCCGUGACAACGUCAGGGGCGGGGGGGUCUUUGCCGGAUGACACGAGGGAGUCGGAGGUGCCUGAAGAUGUAUUGGAGGCUGAAGGGGUGGGUCCAGUGGCAGAGCCAAUAGACAGUGAGGGGGCGGGGUCAGAGGCGGGGCCUGCAGAGACUAAUGAGGAGUCUGAGCACCCUGUUCAGGUUCGGGGGUUCCGGGGAAGGGGAAUAGGACAGGGGUCAGGGGGCCACCCCUCAGGGGUGUGGGAGGAGCCCCUGAAAGCUGAGGGGGAGCCUGCCGUGUGGCGGGAGGAUGACCAAGGACCAGACCUGGACGAGGAAGAGGAGGAGGAGGAGGAGGAGGAAGACGGAGGUGCGCAGGAGGACGUUGGAGAUGAGGACGGCGCCUCCUCCCACGCAGUAGCUGGGAAGGUUUUGGAAUCCCUCAUCAUGUGACAAGACACUCACUUCAUGGACUUGAACACGAUGUUGAUUGAUCUCACACCACAACGGGAAAAAUAAAUCUCACUGAAGGACACGGA